GCUGAGUAUGGCUUCUAUGAUUUUUUUUUGUGGCUUUCGCCCGCAUAAAUCGUUCGCCACCGGAAGUUCCUUGGGUAGGAGAUCCAGUUGAAGCACAAGCCAAGCCAGGCCAAGUCACCGAAGGAGAAAUGGACGACUGCGCCUGCGGCGCCUGGUACGACAGGCAGCGCACCGUUCACCGUACGAAAUGCUUCCGCCCGAGAUGCUUCCGCCCGAAAUUAUUCAGCCGUGGGAUUACGGUAUGAGUCCCAACGAGCUACGAUCGCGUGCAAUGGAUGUCAUCGAUGAAUUACGAGCCGAGUACGACGACGUAGGUAGUCUGGAGAGAGAGGAGGUCACGUUCGAGAACGUCUUAAACGUGCUGGCGGAUCUGGACCGACGGGCAGACGACGAGGGGCUGUACCUGACGUUGGCCCGGUACAUUGCCACAGAUGAGAAGCUACGGGAAGCAGGUGCGGAUGCGGAACGGGCGAUGCGGAAGUUUGAAGUUGAAACGAGGAUGCGGCAAGAUAUAUUUGAGAAACUGAAAGCACUGGAACAAGAAGACGCGACCAUGCUGUCUGCAGAGAUGCAGAGGUACUUAAAGAGAUUGAUUAAGCUUGGCGAAAGGAAUGGUCUCCACCUACCAAAGGACGUUCAAGAACAAGUCAAGAAGCUCGCAGAUGAAAUCAACGAUUUGGACAUUCAGUACAUGAGGGUAAUCAACGAAGAAAACUCAACCGUGGAGCUCACGGAGGAAGAACUCGACGGCGUCCCCGAAGACCUCGUGAAAAGUCUCGAAUUGGUUGAAUCUGGGAAGAGGAAAGUCACGAUGAAGCCACCCCACUUCAUGCCCGUAAUGAGCAAGGCGAAAAACCCCGAGACGCGCCGCCGCAUGAGCUUUGCCUAUGAAACAUGCUGUCUGGAGAACGCUCCGACCAUCGAGAAGCUGGCCGCUCUAAGACACGAGAAAGCAGUCCUGCUCGGGUAUCCCGACAACGUCAGCUUUGUCGCGGAACUGUUGAUGGCCAAGUCAAGGGACAACGUGCACAGCUUUCUGGCCGACCUGGCGGAAAAGCUGCAACCCCUGUGGCGCAAGGAAAAGCAAGUUUUGCUUAAGCUCAAGGAGGAAGAGUGCCAGGAAAUUGGGAUACCAUUUGAUGGAAAUUUGAAUGCUUGGGAUAUAAGGUACUAUGACAACAUGCUCAAGGAGCGCAUGUACAGCGUCGUCGACCAAGAAGAGCUGCGGGAGUACUUUCCCCUCAAGACUGUCCUGGCUGGGAUGCUUAAAAUAUACGAGCAACUUCUUGGAUUGGUUUUCGAACAAAUACCGGAUGUAAAGCUUUGGCACCCUGAGGCCAGUUUGUACAGAGUCAACGAUGCAGCCACUGGUGAACUCAUGGGUUACUUCGCUUUGGAUCUGUUCCCGAGAGAAGGAAAAUACAGCCAUUUCUGCAAUGCCGACAUGCAGCGCGGAUGCCUAAGACCGGAUGGUACACGACAGCAUCCCGUUGUCAUGCUAAUCUUCAAUUUCACCAAGCCUACAGCGGACAAGCCCUCCUUGCUUACUCACGAUGAAGUGCGGACGCUCUUCCACGAGUUUGGCCACACGAUGCACUUCAUCUGCAAUAGAGCCACCUUGACCAUGUUUGCGAUCUUGAGUACCGAAACAGAUUUCAUUGAAUGUCCUUCGCAAAUGCUCGAAAACUGGGUCUGGGAAGCGGAACCCCUCACGAGGAUGUCUCGCCACUACGUCACGGGAAAGCCGCUGCCCAAGGAGCUCCUGGAGCCGCUGGUUGCAUCGCGGCUGGCAGGCGGGGCUUGCUUCUCUCUGCGGCAGAUCAGCUUUGCCCUUUUGGACCACGCCAUCUUCACGCAGCCGCGCGUAGACUCCCAGGAGGUGUUCAAGGAGAUCCAAGAGAAGCUGCUGCAGUACCCACCGCACGAGGGGACAAACAUGGCAUCGCAUUUUUCUCACCUGGCCAGCGGCUAUGACGGACGGUACUAUAGCUACCUGUGGAGCGAGGUGUUCAGCAUGGACAUGUUUAGCACCCGUUUCAAGACGGAAGGCAUAUUUAACAAAGAAACAGGCAUGGAGUAUCGCAAGAAGAUUCUUGAACCAGGAGGAUCUAAGGAUCCCAUAGAUCUCCUCAGGGACUUUCUUGGGCGAGAUCCCAACAACGAAGCGUUCUUAAUUAGUAAAGGACUAUCUGUCAGCUAA